ACAUCGUAAACUGACCAAUAUACUGUUUAGAUUUUAGUAUUUUAGAAUAUUUUUUUCUGCUUUUGCAGGAUGAAUUCUUUUCAAUGGCAAGAUUUGAUGGUCAUUUUGUUCUUCUUAUCAAGUCUCAAAAGACUACAAAGUUUGAGGUCUGGACCAAUAGUUCGGUUUGCAUUGUUUAAAAAAUGUAUGAAUUAUCCUACGCUGAAUAAAUUUGAUUUGAAAAUUUAAAAUCCUAAAUUUGACACACUCUUUUUGAGUGGGCAUAUGUUUUAAUUCUUGACGAAUAAUGUUUUUUACUUUAUCCCAUAUCUUUAGAAUGUCUUCCCACUAACGUACGGACAAACUAAAUCUCAUUAGGUAAUUUUUGUUGUUGACAUGUCUGCAAAAUCCAGUGAUGACACACAAGAGCAAAUUGAUCGUUCCUUUCUUCGUGAAAGAUAUCUUAAAUCACUUCUAUUCAUGACAGAUAAAAAAGUAACGUUCCAGCUUUCCCAGAGUACGAACGUGGAAGGAGUUUUCAAAGCGUGUGACUACAGUUUGCUGCAAUUUCACAUUGAACAGUUGAGAACUCCAAGUGGAGUCCAUCCCAAUGCUCUUUUGAGAACAUCUGAUGUUUUAUCUUGUUCUGUUGUAUUGCAAUAGGCGGUUGCAAAUUAUUAAAAGUAUUUUUUGGGAAUUUUAAACUGGCUAUAUGGAGUGCUAUUUUUGAACCUGUAUGAGCAUUGACAGUUUGACAA